UGGAUAACUUGCUGCUGUUCCCAGUUCCUUCCACUUUGUUAUAAUACUACUAACAGCUGACCGUGGAAUAUUUAGUAGCAAGGAAAUUUCACGGAUGGACUUAUUACAAAGGAAGCAACCUACCACGCUUCAAUUCGCUGAGCUCCUGAGAGCAACCCAUUCUUUCACAAAUGUUUGUAUAUGCAGUCUGUAUGCCUUUGUGCUUGAUUUUAUACAUGUGUGGCCAUGGGGUGAUUGGAACACCUGAAUCCAAUGAUUUGGAGGGGUCAUUGGAACACCUGAAUCCAAUUUCGAGGGG